AUGCGAUUCUCCGAUCUCCUUUUCGCGACACUUCUUCUAGCUCCUGCAAAUGUUGUCGCAUGGGUCAAGUUCACAUCGCCUGCUGCAGGAGCGGAUUUGAGCACGGGAUCAGUGACGAUAUCAUGGGAGGAUUCGGGGGAUUCGCCAAGUAUUGACGAUUUGACGACGUACACGCUGCAAUUGAUGGUUGGAGGAAACAGUGACAGUAAUUCGGUGAGUGACGCUCAUAUAGCCGGGAAGAAAGAGAAGGGACGCAGUCGAUAUGAGGCAGGGAUAUUGUUUGGGGCUUCAGGGUAUACGCUGUACUGACUGGAUGGUCCUUCUUUCAGUUGGCUUUGACCACCAUUACAAGUACUGGCACUUUCUCGUCGGGCAAUAGUGUUAAGGGUACUAUUGUAGCGGGAUCGGCAGGACCGACUGCGAAUGGAUUGUGAGUAUCAUUGUUAUCUUGUUGCUCCGGCAAGGCCCUGACAUGUCGGCCACACAGUUACUUCAAGAUGACUUCGGUUGCCAAAGAAGGCGGGACGAUCGAGAACUACUCCGAUCGCUUCAGCAUUCCCUCCAUGACGGGCACGACACCAUCAGAGUACGAAACGGCCGCCAAGGCAGUGUCGGGCACAGCGGGACCAGAUACUGUUAAUAACGUUGCGAAUGAUGCAGCCGCAGCGGACACAACUGCAGCGGGUACUGGAGAAUUCACAGUGCCAUAUGCGCUCCAGACGGGUCUCACGAAGUACGCACCCAUGCAGAAAGUCCCGCCGACCAAGAUCACGAUGAAGAACUUCACGCCCAUGUAUUCGACGAGCGCCUAUACUAUCGCGACGACCUGGCUGGGGACACCGACCAUUCAGACGACGAUAACAGCGAGUCAGACUUUCUCGGUCGUCAGUCAGGAAAACACCGUAUGUCGUCUCUUCUUCUGGUCAUUACCCCAGGUACAAUGCUAAUUUGCUUAUAGGCUGCCGCACAAUCACAACCCACCGGCGACAUGGCAAAGUUCUUGGCCCGAUGGAAAGAUUGA